AUGGCGUCGAUGAGCCUAUCGAGAGGCCUCAUGAUGGCCUUGUUGGCGGCUUCCCUGUUCGCGAUGGCCCAGUGUCAAUGCCCGUUCUCGGGGGUGGUGGCCGACCAGUGGACCACCAACAGUGGCCAGCCGGUGUACAACAACGACGACUCGCUGACGGUGGGCCUCCGCGGCCCGGUGCUCUUGGAGGACUACCACCUGCUGGAGAAGCUGGCGCAUCUCAACAGGGAGCGCAUCCCAGAGCGCUUGGUGCACGCGACGGGCACCACCGCCAAGGGAUUCUUCGAGGUUACUAAGGACGUCAGCAACUUCACCUUCGCGGAUUUCCUGAGCGAGCCGGGCAAGAAGACCGACGUCAUUGUCCGAUUCUCCACCGGCGUUCCAUCCAGGGGAGGGGCGGAGACGGUGCGAGACCCCCGCGGCUUCGCGGUGAAGUUCUACACCAACGAGGGAAACUACGACCUGGUCGGCAACAACAUGCCGGUGUUCUUCAUCCGGGAUGCCAUGAAGUUCGCCGACAUGGUCCAUGCGUUCAAGCCCAACCCCGUGACGAACUUGCCCAACAACUGGCGUAUGGUGGACUUCUUCUCCCACCUUCCCGAGAGCGUCCACAUGUUCACGCACGUGUUCGACGACAUCGGCAUCCCCAAGGACUACCGCCACAUGAACGGAUUCGGAGUGCACACCUUCAAGUGGAUCAACAGCGAGGGGAAGGAGCGCCUCGUGAAGUACCACUGGAAGUCCAGCCAGGGUGUGGAGUCCCUGCUCGACGAAGAGGCGCAGGCCAUCGGCGGAAAGGACCAGAAGCACAUGACGCGCGACCUGAUCACCAGCAUCGCGAAUGGCGACUUCCCCGAGUGGGUGCUCCACGUCCAGCUCAUGGACCCCUCCGCCGCGGCCUCCCUGGACUUUGACCCCCUGGACGUCACCAAGACGUGGCCCGAAGACCGGUUCCCCCUUGUGGAGGUCGGCCGCAUGGUGCUGGACAAGAACAUCAACAACUUCUUCAACGAGAACGAGCAGGUGGCCUUCAGCCCCGCGCUGGUGGUGCCCGGCAUCACGUACUCGGAGGACAAGCUGCUGCAGGGGCGCAUCUUCGCGUACACCGACACCCAGCGCUACCGUGUUGGUCCCAACUACCUGAGCCUGCCGGUGAACGCGCCCAAGAGCGGCGUCCUUAACAACCAGAUGGUGGACGGCGUCCUCAACUUCGUGAACAAGCCGAACGAGGAGGUCAACUACUUCCCCUCGAAGAUCAGCGGCGCCCAGCUCGCAGAGAGGUACCCCAUCUCGGGCGAGAGCAUCUGUGGCAAGCGAACACAGCAGGUCAUCAAGAAGGAGAGCAACUUCGGGCAGGCUGGCGAACUCUACCGCAGCUGGGACGCAGAUCGACAGGAGAGGUUCGCUGAGAGGAUUUCCAAGGAAAUGCUACUCCAGCCGGGGGUCACCGAGGUCCUCCAAAAGAUCUGGAUGCAUUAUUGGAGCGAGGUGGAUGUCGGCCUCGGAAACAAGCUCAAAACGAAAAUGGAGGACGCGGGGGUGCUGCUGUGA